ACUAGAAAUGAGUGCAAAAUUGAUCUCAUAAUUUGUGGUAUAUGUACUUAACUGGAGUUUAAUGAACUUGUUUAAAAGAAUGACUUUUUUACCGACUAAUUCUUACAGACAUUUCUCAGUGAACAGAGCUACUAUAUAUAUUUCGGAAAUGAGACAUAAUUUAAGGAACUAUAUAGUCGAGGCGGAUAUAAAACAAUUGAACGAAGAAUGUAAUUCAUUAUGCCGUGUAAAAGCCGUAUUAAAUACUUGAAUACCUCCAAAAUUUCUUUUAGUCUGAGCACUGUUCAGCUGUUCAAUCAGAGAACGUAAAGUUGCGUUGAUUUACGUUCUCUGGGUUCACCGUAUAAAGAUAACAUCAAAAGAAAACGAAAAAACCUGUAGAACAAAACAAAAACGAAAAGUGCUUAUCAUAUCAACCGGUGGCUUGCGUAACGAUCAGUAGAGAAUCUUUUAUCAGUAUCAUCACAAUGAAUUUUGCUGGUAAAGUUGUGCUGAUUACAGGAGCUAGUUCGGGAAUUGGAGCCGCUACAGCAAUAAAAUUCGCCAAAUCCGGAGCAUUACUUGCACUGAAUGGACGCAAUUUAGAAAACCUGCAAGCUGUUGCAAAAGAUUGCUCCUCCGUCGGAGAGAAACCACAUUUAGUGCCUGGUGACAUUUCGAAGGAAGUCGAUGUAGAAUGUGUUUGGCAGAAAACUUUACAAAAAUACAAUAGACUAGACGUAUUGGUUAACAAUGCUGGUAUUAUUGAAACGGGUAGUAUUGAAAAUACUUGUCUGGAGCAAUACGAUCGUGUAAUGAAUACCAAUUUGCGUGCCAUUUAUCAUCUUACAAUGUUGACCGUGCCCGAACUGAUUAAAUCCAAGGGUAAUAUUGUAAAUGUGUCAAGCGUAAACGGCAUACGAUCUUUCCCCGGUGUAUUGGCUUACAAUAUUUCGAAGAUGGGUGUCGAUCAAUUUACUCGAUGUAUUGCUUUGGAAUUGGCUGCAAAAGGCGUUCGAGCAAAUUGUGUUAAUCCCGGCGUAACUGUGACGAAUUUGCAUAAACGUGGUGGUAUGGAUGAAGAGACUUAUAAAAAGUUCUUGGAGCAUUCACGAACAACACAUGCUCUCGGGCGACCUGGUACUGCGGAUGAAGUUGCAAAUGCAAUUACUUUCUUAGCUAGUGACUUGGCCACCUUUACGACUGGUAUAAGUUUGGCUGUAGAUGGAGGACGCCAUGCUAUGUGCCCACGUUAAUAGAAGGCGUACUAAAAAAUUACAUUUAAAUAAGUUUUAUGCCAACAACAAAUAGCUAUACUUCUAAAAUAAUAUUUGAUUCAAAUAU